AUGAAAGACUUCUGCCUAAAUACACACACACACACACACAGAGUAUCUAUCUAUCUAUCUAUCUAUCUAUCUAUCUAUCUAUCUAUCUAUAUUGUUGACUUUAAUGUUCACUGUAUAUCUAUCUAUCUAUCUAUCUAUCUAUCUAUCUGUCUGUCUUUUGUUUCUUUCUUCCCUUCACUGGAUGUAUUGUUAUUUUAUUGUUUCUUUCUUUCCAUCUUUCCUGUUAUACUGAUUCUAAUUGUUUCAUUUCAUUUAUUACUUGCGGAUUUCUGUCUUUUUCUUUCUCCAUUCAUUCUUUUAUGCAUUAUUUCUGUCAUUUUCAUCCUUUUAUUGCUUGAUUUCAUUGAUCUUUCUUUCUUUCUUUCUUUCUUUCUUUCUUUCUUUCUUUCUUUCUUUCUUUCUUUCCAUUUCAAUAUAAUUUAUUUUCUUCCUUUUUUCAUUGAUUUCAUUUUUCAUUCGCUUGCUUCUUUGAUGUUAGAUUCUUCUUUUUUCUUUCUUUCUUUCAAACUCCGUAUAAGGUUCCUUUCUAUUCUUUCUUUCUUUACCUUCUUCUUUUGCUCAUUUUCUUUCUUCCUUCUCUUCAUUCGCUCCUAUUUUCUUUUACUUGAUUCUAUAUUUAUUUCCCUCAUUAUUGUUCUGUUCCUUUUCUUCAUUGAUAAUAUAUUUUUCUGUUUAUCAUUCCUUUGUUUUUCUUUCAUUCACCUUUCGUUCUUCCAUUCUUUAAAUAAUAUGUUUCCUUCCUUUUCUCAUAGAUUUAAUAUUUUUCUUCCUAUCUUUCUUUUUAUAAUGAUUUAUUCCUGUUAUUCACUGCUUUAA